AGUGAGCCACUGGUUGUAGCUGUAAUCCAUAAAUACAGUCAAUAAUUGAAGUUGAUUGGUUCGAAAAAUGUAAGAAUAAUUAAGGAAAAUCAUGAGAAGUUUUCUGGCAAUUAUUUGGUUACUACAUUUUUGUGGUAUAUUUUGCACAAAUUGCAUACACUUUUGGGAAAAAUGGCAAUCUUGUCCAAUCAUGACUCAGCUACCAUUCACUUCGUUCCCUUGUUUUAAGGCCAAUGAUGGAACUUAUCUACUGAUCAAUACCGAAAUGGACAUGGCAGAUAUGCAAUGUGAUUAUAAGGCGGCUGAUGUUGAUUUUAUCCAAUGCUUGCAAAUUGGAGAAAUCACUGGCAUAGACUUCAGCAAUUGCAUUUUUCCUACUACAUUUCUGAAAGAUUACAUUUUCAAGUCAAAAAUCUCUUUUUUCUCAUUGACUUAUAACAAGACAGAUAUAAUCAAUCAUGAUAUUAUUAUCAAUGAAUUGGAAUUUUUGAAAACAGUUUAUAUAGUGGGUGCUGUUACUUCCCUCUCGAUCAACAUAAAAUUCGAAAACCUUCCGAUGAUGAAUACAAUAUCAUUAUAUCAGACUAACUUUUCCAAUUUUACCUUUCAUACACUUCCAGAAUUACAAAAAUUAUCAAUGGUUAAUUGUUCCAUAAGUCAUUUAUCUAGUUCUGUCUUUAGAAAUUUAUCUUCUUUGCUUUUACUUAAUUUAGGUGAAAAUCUUAUGGAAGAGCUGCCAAUUGAUGUUUUCGAAGGAUUAAACUCUUUGCAAAUUCUCCAUUUACAUAGUAACAGAUUUAAAAUAUUGAAAAAUGAAUGGUUUAAACCUUUAAAAUCUUUAAGGCUCUUAAACUUGUUUUAUAAUCAAUUAACCAUGAUAAGUGCUGAGUUAGUUCAUUCCUUGCCGAAUCUUGUGGCCUUAAACGCCAGCUAUAAUCCAAUUUCAGAACUUUUAAAUGAUACCUUUCAUAAAGCUCUAUCUUUAGAAAUAAUAAGCAUGGAUAACUGCUCUCUUCAAUGGCUUCCUUCUUCAUUAUUUCAAAAUGCUCGAUUUUUGAGUAAUGUUUCUUUCGAAGAUAAUGAAAUUUUAAUGAUACCAUCAACUUUAUUUAGCAGAAAUUUGUUACUGGUGAGUAUUUCUUUUGAUAAUAAUAAGCUAAGUCAACUUCAUGAAAAUACAUUCGCUAAGCUCAGUUCAUUAAGCAUAUUGUUACUCGGAAGAAACAAAAUCAGCAAUCUCUCUUCGAAAAUAUUUUCUGAUUUACACAAUUUGAUGGAUUUAGAUUUAAAUUCUAACAAAUUAAAUAGUUUAGACAGUAUUAUUUUUCAAAAUUUAUCAAAAUUGCAAAACUUAGAUCUAUCUCAAAAUAAUUUGAUACUCUUUUCUGAUGUUUAUCCUUUCGGAUACAGUCCAUUUUUAUCAAUGAUAAAUUUAUCUCGUAAUAACUUUAUGGAGUUUCCUAUUUUAAACUGGAAUUCUCGUAACUCUAUACAGCUUGAUAUAAGUUACAAUAAUUUAUCUGUUGUUACUUUAAGUAUAAUGAGUCACAAAAAGGCAAACGUUGACAUGAGAUUCAAUCCAAUUUCCAUUAUUUCAAUCGAACAAAUUUCGGAUGAAUCUAAGAAGGAACCUGUUGUUUAUAAUUUACAAAAUUUUACUUUUGCUUGUGAUUGUAAACUUCAAGGAUUUCUUAAAUUUCUUGAAAAUCCUUUAAGCCAAACGGUUUUUCCAAACAGUAGGGUCAUGUCAUGUACAUAUCCAGAAGAAUAUAAAGAUGUUAUACUAACAGAAAUUUCACCAAUUUACUCAAUUUGUCCUGUUAGUCUCGAUUGUCCACAAAAUUGUCAAUGCUUCGAAAAUGAUUUAGAAGAAGUUAUCGUGGAUUGUCGAAAAAAAAAUUUAAAUGAGCCUCCAGAACAGCUUCCUCUUCGUUCUGUUACCAUUUAUCUAGAUCAAAAUAACUUAACUGAAUUCAAUAUCAAUUCUACAUAUUCGGAGAAUGUUACAGAACUCCAUCUCAGCAACAAUUUUCUUACUUCCUUACAAAAUUGGCAUAUACCAAAUUUAAGGAUACUCAAACUAAAUGGCAAUCAAUUAGGUAAAUUGCCCAUAUCACUAAUGGAUCAUGUUCAAGAAACUAGCAAUUUUGAAAUUUACCUUGCAGAUAAUGCAUGGUUAUGCAAUUGUGAAGCUACUUCUUUUAAACAGUGGUAUACAAGAAACUUAGACAAAAUCUUGGAUUCGAAUGUUACAUAUUGCAAGAGGAAAAUUUCAAACAAGCCUACAUUCUCUGAACAGCUAAUUCGGGAAGUAUCCAUAGAUUUGUUCUGUCCAAAAGCACCGAAAUUGUUGACUGCUGAGAUCAUUGCCAUUUCCUUAACUGUUAUAUCUAUUUCUAUGCUACUUCUAUGUAGCGCAAUUUGUUACUAUCGUUUUAGUAAAAUAAUAAUGGCAUUUUUGUACAGUCGAAAUUUAUAUUGUCGCUGUUGCGAUCGCCAUUUGAAAGAGGAAGAGAAAAUGUAUGAUGCUUUCAUAUGUUAUAGUUCUGCAGAUCAAGAUGUGAUGCUUGAAAUAUUGCAAAAUCUUGAGCCAACUUAUCGUUUAUGUGUUCAUGAAAGAGAUUGGGUUCCCGGUUAUCCCAUCAGUCAUCAAAUUGUACAUUCUGUACAGAACAGUAGAAAGACUGUGAUUCUUCUUUCUAAAGAAUUUUUAGAAAGUAUGUGGUUUCAAGUAGAAUUUCGUACAGCUUAUAACCAGAUGAUGGAAGAUAAGAAACAUCGGUUAAUUCUAGUCAUUAUAGGAAAUUUAGAUAAUGUAAAUGAAUUAGAAUCGGAUCUGCGAUAUUUAUUAUCGACUAAGACCUAUCUUGAGUGGGGCAAAAAAUGGUUUUGGGAAAAACUCCGCUAUGCUUUGCGUCAUCGUUGUAAGAAAGAAAAGAAUUUUGAGAAUAUGGAUCAACUGAAAAUAAGUGAAGAUAUUCAAAUGGAUGUAAGCGUUUUGUAAACUGGUACAAUUAAGAUAAUAGAGAUUGGGUUCCCGGUAUGGUAAAGAUUGAUUCCCGGAGAUGAUAAAGUGAGGAUCCGGAGUGGUUCAGAAAUUUUGAUAAGUGGCUUGAUCCAGAUAUAUCGAGCAUCCAGGCAUAUGGAUAUAAUCAUCCACAUGCCUCAUCAAGACAGCAUGAAACAUUCAUCAUUGUAGGCAGGCCAAACCUACCUUAGGUAUGAGAAAGGACGGAGUGUUAAGCAAAAAAAAAGUAGUUGAGAAGCAAUGUAAAAAAUAUUGUUUAAUGUAUACAUUUUAUAUUAUUUUAUUAAUAAAUAUCAAA